AUGUAUGACCAAAGAAAGUUACAUCGUGAAUUAAAUAGUGAACAUAUACCUAUUGAUAAACUUCAAAUUAAUAACGAUGAAAAAAAAAAAGAAAAAAAAAGAAAUUAUUCUGAAAUAAUGAAAAAAAGUUUAACAAGAAAUUUGUCAUUUCAAGAAAGGCGAGUAUCAUAUUCAGAUGAAAAAAAUAUUUAUUCUAAUCAAAUUAUUACUUUAAAAAAUAAUUUAUAUUCAUAUCUUCAAUCUUUAGACAAUUGUUUAGGUCAAGGAAGUUAUGGUAGAGUAUUUAAAGGAACAUCUUCAAAUAUUUCUCUGCAAUAUACUAAUGUUGCUAUAAAAGAAAUGUUAUCUAUAUAUGUUAAUAAUAAUGAAAUGGAAAUAAUGAAAGCAGUUUCAAGUGACUUUUUAGUUAAAUUAAUUGAUAUUUAUCAAGACAAUAAUUUUUAUAAAACAUAUCUUAUUAUGGAACUUUGUGAUUCCGAUCUUUUACAAUUUUUAAAAGCAAAUACCAUUUUAAAUGAAAAUAAUUUAAGGACUGUUAUUGAUAAUGUUGUUCGUGGUUAUCAUGUAUUAUUUAAAAAUAAAAUUGUUCAUAGAGAUAUCAAACCUCAAAAUAUAUUAAUAAUGAUUGAUAAAAAUAAUUCCCAAAAUAUUAUUUCAUCUAAAAUUACUGAUUUUGGAAUUUCAAGAAUAAUGGAAAUAAAUGAAGAUGGUGCAGAAAUUUCUCAGUUGACAAAUGUUGCUGGAACUUUUCAUUAUAUGGCACCAGAAGUAGGUGUUAAUUUAUUGCAUGUAAGUAUGUAUAAUUAUCCAGUUGACAUAUGGAGUAUGGGUUGUGUUUUUUAUGAAUGUUUAAUGGGAAAAUUACCUUUUGAUGAAAAAGAAAUAUGUCGUCUAUUUUUGUAUGCAGCUGGAAAAAACUAUGAAGCAUAUGAAAAACCAUCUUUUAGUAGUAAUCUAUAUCACGAUUAUCAAGAACUUAUAAGUCAAAUGUUGGAAAUAAAUGAUAGGGAUAGAAUAACACCUACAAAAUUAUUUGAGUUUAUAGAAAAUACUACUACAACAUAA